CAUCAAGAUCAUCAGUGUUUUCCACCCAUCAAUAUUUUUGUUGUUUUAUAAAAAUGUGGAGCUGAGUAAAGUUUUGGUGGAAGUUUUUCCGCGAUUUAUGAUGCAAUACGUGCAAGUUAAAGUAAUUGGACAUUAAUCAGUUAAUCGUUAUACAUUACUCGAUGUUCGUCCUAGCGGAACUGCGUGAUACCGUGCGUAUCACUCCCGAUUUGUUUAAUUUAAAGUUGCCGGAAGCCAUCAAAGAUGAAAUCAACAGGAAGCUAGCUAAUAAGGUUUUGUUGAACGUGGGUCUUUGCAUCGCCUUGAAAGAUAUAGUUAGACUCGGGGACUCAAUAAUCCUACCGGGCGACGGUGCAUCCCACACAGAGGUCAACUUCCGGUAUAUUGUUUUCCGGCCGAUGGUUGGCGAUGAAAUAACGGGAAAGAUCCGUAGCUGCAGUCGAGAAGGAGUUCACAUCACGUUGGGCUUCUUCGAUGACAUUCUUAUUCCACCAUCGGCUCUGCAACAUCCGUCUCGUUUCGAGGAAGCAGAACAGGCCUGGGUGUGGGAGUAUCCGCUGGAAGACGGAAAGAAACAUGACCUCUAUAUGGACAUAGGCGAAAAUAUUAAAUUCCGGGUUUCUGGAGAAGUAUUUGAAGAGAGUUCUCCAAUUGGACCUCCGGACCAGGAAGUCGCCAGCACCAGUACCUCAAAGGCCGAUGCUAAAACUCCGUACCGGAUUAUUGCGGCCAUUAACGAAUCGGGGCUAGGCUUAUUAUCUUGGUGGGCAUCUCAGACACAAGGGGAUGAAGAUGGAGAAGAAGAACAGGAAGCAGAAGAGGAUGGUGAAGAAAUGGAGGAAGAGGACGAAUAAAACUAAAA